AUGUCUGUAGAUCCGGUAACGUGGGUGUUCCCGCCUGCCGGUGCUGCGGAUAUCACCCCUGGAAUCGCGACCAGCAGUUUUGGGCCAGUGUACCCAAACGACACGGUCAUCUUGAAUUGGACACCUUCUGACCAAACGCCUACUGUUGGCCUCGCAUGCUUCAAUAGCACCGGUGUUUAUGACGACGAUGUGAGUGUCGACGCGGUGUCAAAAGGACAAUUGGCGCCAGUGUCCUUGAACCUCAACCAGCGAUUCGCCACCACCGAGGAAGAUGUGUACUGCCAUUUCGUUUUCCACGGCACAAAGAAUGGCAAUACCGUUGUGUGGAAAUUCAAGAAGCAACAGGGAUCGAUAGCGUCGACGUGGUCAGAAAGUUCGACUGCACCAAGCUCAUCUUAUUCCGGGACACCAAGUACUACGCAAACAAACAAUACGUCAUCAGAAAACACUAUCCCAUCUCCAAUCGGGACUGGCGCGGCGGUUGGAAUCGGCGUUGCUGUAACAGCAUUCGUUUUCUUGGCCGUACUGGCUGGCGUCUUGCUCCUGCGGCGUCAUCGACGGCAGCGGUGCGGACAGAAUACUCUGCCAAUGCCGUCGACGCCGGCCAUAGUAUACGAGCCGAUUGCGCAGACUCCUUUAUACGCUGAGUUGCAAACGCCCGAAACCAAUAACAUUGGCGGACCCCAGCAAUCCGACUGUGCUCCCUUGCGGGAACUUCACAAUGUCUCCAACACAAGCAUUCCCGAACUCGAUACUAGUAUUGACCGGGUGCCGAAUAUUGAUAGCUAUAAAUAUAGGACGAAUUAG